AAUAAUUAAUUAAAGAUAAAAAUUAGACAAAAAAUAAAAAUCUAAAAAGUAAAAAUUUCAGUGAAUAAUAAAAAAAAUAAAUCAUACCAAAUAAUUCAAAUGGGAAAUAGCUGCUGCUUAGAAAAGUAGUAAGGACAUUAUAAAAAUGGAAGCAGUAAUAUGAAUUAUGGACACUAUGAUACAAAUUAAAACGCUGCUUAUUUUAACUCUGAUAAUAAUGGCUACGAUAACCACCAUCAUCAUAAUCAUCACCAUCACAAUAAUGAUCAUCAUAAUCAUCACCAUCACAAUAAUGAUCAUCAUAAUCAUCACCAUCACCAUAAUGAUAAUGACCACCACCACCACCAUCAUCAUCAUGAUAAUAAUGAUUAUGGAAAUAAUGGUGGAGGUAAUGAUUAUAGUAAUAAUGAUUUUGGCGGACAUCACCAUCACCAUCAUGAUUGA